UCGGUAUAAAACCCGCGCGCCGCUUAACGGAGCCGCUCAGAUGCGACGCGUUUCCUGCGCGUGGCGUCGCCAAAAAUAAUAAUAAAAUAAUAAUAAUAAAAGCCCUGAGAAAAACGGAAGAAAAAAGGGUCCUUGCGCGCGCGACCGCUUAACAUCCCGGAUCAUGCUUCUCAUCAUUUUCCUGCUCGGUGUGUUAAGUGUACCGGGACCGGAGGGUCAGAGCCCGAGCGCGACGCUGCGCCCCCCGGUGACGGAGGAGAGCGGCCAGUGCUCGGCCGCGUGCGAGUCCCGACAGCAGAGCAAACUGCUGCGCCUUCACUCCAUCCGCUCGCAGAUCCUGAGCGCGCUGCGCCUCGAGCGCGCGCCGAACCUCACCCGGGACGCGGCGCGGCAGCUCGUGCCCAGAGCGCCGCCGCUGCUCGAGCUGCUCAGCCGGUACGAGAGGCAAAACGGCAGCACGGGCGAGGAUUACGAGGAGGCGGAGGAGCGCGAGGAGGCCAGCACCGAGACCAUCAUCACCAUGGCGACCGAACCCCAAAGCGUAUCUCAGGCCAACUCCGUGCCGCGGUGCUGCUUAUUCUCGCUCAGCCCCAAGAUUUUGCCGGACAACAUCGUGAAGGCGCAGCUGUGGAUCCACCUGCGUCUGGGCAAAGAGGCGACGACCGUCUUCGUGCAGAUCUCACGCUUGCAGCCGCCCUUCUACAGCAACCCCCGACCCAAAAUCCUCUCUCUGAAGAUCGACGCCGACGCGCAGACCAACCCGUGGCAGAGCGUCGACAUGAAGCAGCUGCUGCAGUCGUGGCUCAAGCAGCCCGAGAGUAACUUUGGCAUCGAGAUCAAGGCCUUCGACAGCCAGGGGAAAGACCUGGCCGUGACCUCCGCAGAAUCGGGGGAGGAGGGGCUACAACCGUUUCUAGAGGUCAAAAUCACAGAGGUGCCGAAGCGUUCCAGACGAGAAUCCGGCCUCGACUGCAACGAGCGCUCUUCGGAAUCCCGCUGCUGCCGUUACCCGCUCACUGUAGACUUCGAGGACUUCGGCUGGGACUGGAUCAUUGCGCCCAAGCGCUACAAGGCCAACUACUGCUCGGGCGAGUGUGAGCAGGUACACCUUCAGAAGUUCCCUCACACGCACCUGGUGAACAAGGCGAAUCCGCGCGGUACGGCGGGGCCCUGCUGCACGCCCACCAAAAUGUCCCCCAUCAACAUGCUCUACUUCAACCACCGAGAGCAGAUCAUCUACGGGAAGAUCCCUUCUAUGGUCGUGGAUCUCUGCGGCUGCUCCUGAGAUUCGCCGUCGUGCCGGGAUUCCAGCUUCCCGUCUGUCUGCCGACACUCUGUAUAAAAAACACUUCCGAUAGAAAGUAUGGCUUCGUUGGGAAUAUAGAGGAAUUCUGCUUCAUCUCUGUCACAGUAUCACUGACCUGCUUCUCAACAUAUUUAACUUUUAUCCGUUUAUAGCAACAUUUAAGGUUGUGGAAUAUCCACGAAACAAGUCAGUUCCUGUUCUCACUUACGUUUAUUACUUACGCUUUAAACAGUCGUUCACUCACCAGUCUCUCUCUUUUGAAGUUAAUAAGAAAAAAAAUGCAGCUUGUCAUGCUACCAAGAAACUCCUCUGUCCUGAAGAUGUCAGUUACAGUGUUACCUCUGACUGUUACAAUGCGCUGACACUGGAGACUCCUUCCGUAAAUGUUAAUGUUAAUAAACGUCUCCUUACUUAAAAAAAAAAACUUAACCAUAUCAACAAAAUUUUAAAAUCCGUUGAUGUGGAGCAUCCGUCGUCCGAGUCCCUGUGAAUAAGCUGUUUCUAUAGAAAAGAUAACGUCUUUGUUUUGUUUUAGAGUUUUUGGACUAUCCCGACUUUCCGAAUAGGAAUUCCGAGUUGAGGGGGAUGUUGGAAAUUUCGGAAGCUGGAAAUUUAUGAGUAUUAUAAAAGUUACGAGUAUUAUUUCAUCGCAGCAUUAACACUUCCGCUUGGUGCCAACAUAACAUUAUCACAGCAGCAGCAUUGAGACAAGAAAAAACACACAAAAGCAAACUAUAGCAACACUAACAGGAUAAAAAAAACUUAAAAGUAUCCUCCACCAGCAAGUGUUUUAGAUAAAAUAACAAUGUUUGCUAUAUUAAUGCGCUUUAUACAACUUUUUUUGUUUAAGUCGAAUUUUACGACUUUAGAGGGUUGUAUAGCGUAUACGGUUUAUAAGCGAAUAGAAAUAAUGAGCUGUGUCUUUAAAACAAAUCUGAGCAAUCUAUACAAUACCACCUAAACAUUUACGGAGAUAUCGGCUGUAUACGUAUAUAAAACAAACUUUAGUAGGUGGUUAUUCCAGUGUUAUUACAACCGUAAGUACAGGAUUGGAGUGGAUAUUAUUUAAGGUAGGAGUCUGUGGCGGGACAGGGAUUAGGAGUCGUGUUUAUGACGAGCGAGAGCGGCUGUGUAAAGCCACUGGCCAGUUGUUGACGUGAAAUGAAUUGUUUUAUAACCUGAAAGCACUCUGUCCUUCGCUAACCCGGACAGAAUGUCCCCGCUGACCCUGCCUCAGGCAUGUGGAGCUGAUUACGGCUCUUUAGAGAAAUAAACAAGCGCCGAGCUUAUUUCGCUCGCACACAGCAUCCUGCCGGGAUGUUAAAACAGCGAUUCCCUGCCCUCAGCUUGAGGACAGCGAGAGUACAGGCAGAUGGUCCUGUUCUUCACCCUGUUAAAGGCGUACUGCACCAAAAACGUGCCGUUAGCACUGCGAGUUGAAUAACUAUAUCCAUUGUUAGCAAAGAAUCACACAAUUAAGGCUAAUAGAGUUAGAGUUAGCAAGGUUAGCAAAAUCUGACUAAUUUCGACAAGACUCUGUUUAUUACUAGAAAACUAAAAGAUCUGAAACCAUCAUGACCAUUCCAUUCUUUAUUAGCAGUGUUAGCAUCUUUGGGGAUGUAAACGUAAAAAAGAAUGCCCCAAGAUGAAAAAAAUAUAGCUAACAGUGAAUAAAAUGUGACGUUAGCACACUUAGCACAAUGUCAGCUGAAUAAUGCUAAUUUAUCCGUUGUUAGUAAAGUUAGCAUUUCGAAAAAGCUAAACACCCAAACAUAACGGAAAAAAAAGUGAAGUUAGCAUAACUAGCACAAUUUCAACUAAAUAAUGGCGACCUAUCUAGGUAUGACUCUAUGUAUUAUUAAAAAUGAGGAUUGAAUCCAACACGGUUAAUAAUGAAUAAAAGAUGAAGUUAUCACAAUCAAAAUGGAGUAAUUUUACUUUCCCCAAAGACUACACUCAUUAUUAGCAGUGUUAGCAGGGACGAACUAUCUCUUUCACUUAGCAGAAGAAAGCUCUCAAGAGCACAAAUAGCUAAAGAGUAAAAAAUAAAAUAAAUAAAUAAGUAAAAAAGUGGGAUUAGCAUAGUUUUGAAUAAGGCUAACCUAGUAUGUAGUUCAGACUCCACUGGUUAUUAGCAAAGCUAGCGUUUUGGGGAAAAACUGUUUCUGUUGUUUCUAAUCAAGAGCUGAGAGAAAGUGUAUAAACCGUGUGUAAAACUGAAAGUAGCACAGUUAGCAUUAUCAUUAGCAUUUGUGUAGCAUUCUUCUUUAUCAAGUCAUAUCAGAUACUGAGCAGUGAGUUAUUAAUAGCUUAUAAAUGAUAAGCCAGAUGUCCUGCUAUUCUCUCAGUUAAAGGAGUAUUACACAGUUCACAUGGCUAACAGCAGAUGAAAAGAGUUAGCACAACUCAACGAUGCUAAUUUUUCAGUCAGUAUCAGCAGCGUUAGCAUUUCUGAGAGGAAUUCCUGCUUUAGGAAGUUGAAUUUCGCAGGCUUGUUUACCUCUGCGUGUAUUCAUUCAUUAAGCUUAGCUAUUGAAGUUAGCUAUUAAGGUUCAUUACAGAGAUAACAGUUUAAUUGAUAAGCAAUGAGGAAUCUUACAGUUUGUUCAGGCUGAUCAAAAUAUGUUUAUGUGUUAGUUACUAUGUCAAAGAAAAACAUGACCAAAAAAAGUUAAUUUUAAAAAAAUCUGUGGCUAACAGUAAAUUAAAAAGUGUUAGCACAGUUAGUGUUCAUUAUUAGCAAUGCUAGCAGCUCUAAUAGUUUAUGCUGUGAUAAGGAUUUCUGUUUGACCAUGAAAUGUGACGUUUUAGGCCAAAACGCUGACUCAGCAAACACUCCGAGGCUUGGCUGUUUAAAAGUUAAUGCUAAAAAAAAAAUGCAGAACUAGCAUGAUUGGUAUAAACUCGAUUAACCUCUCUCAGUCUGAUCUCAUUGAGAAAUUGGGACAAAUUUGAACAAAAACUUUUUAGUUGUGCAAAUUGUUACGUUUUACACGUGAGGUCAUCGUAAACCAGUUGCUUUUUGCAAACCGGGUCUAUAUAAAAAAAAAUAAAAAAUUGCCAAUGUUUUAACCCAAGAAUCAAUUUAUUAUUAAUAAUAAAGUUAGCAUUCUGAGGAAAGAGACAUUCCAAAGCUGUGUUCUAACAUUGCUAAUAAUAAAUAACGGACACGUUAGCAUUCUUUACAGAACUUAGGCCCAAAUUAUAAAAAGGUAUGAGUAAAACUGGGGCUAUUUUCAUUAAAUAAUGCUAACUUUUCUGUCUGAAACUCCAUUUAUUGUUAGCUUUUUCAAUACAGAGCAAAUGCUUUAAAGAGCAAAGCUGCGUUCUUCUCCACCUCGUUACAUCGCAGCGUGAUCGUGCAUGGAUUGCGUUCUUAACAGGUGAUAAUGUGAUUUGGAAUGAAUGCUUAUAAAACCAUGACAAAAGGUCAAAACUGAUAAUACAAGCAAAACUUGUAGUGUUAUUUAACCGGAAUUACAAAAUCUUGGAUCUCCAGAACGUAAGCACUGCUGUUAUCUGAAAUAACAUCUGAAUCAGAGGAUCUCCACUAGGAGAACGUCUUAUUCUGUGACUUUAGUAGCAGUCAGUAGGUGAUAGUGAGAAAAAGGGAAAUACUAUUUCCAUCCAGAGAGCAGACGUCCAGAUGUUUGGCAGUCUUCCGAUUUAGAAAAAAAAAACAA